CGGGGGAGAACGGAGGACGACUGAGAGAGACUCUGUAGGACCCAGCGGAAGCCUGCUCCCAGUGAGCGGCGCAGACUGAGCAGAGAGAGAUGAGAAGAAGAGGAGACGCUCUCAGAUCCGCCGGAGAGCUUCAUGGAGUUAUGCGCGUCUGAUCCGCCGCCAUGGAUUGCACUCCGCGAUCACUCCUUUUGAUUUUACCACUUUUGCUCUGUCACCUCCGCCCUCUGUUCGCCAUCAUCUACCCCCCGAAUGAAGUUAACCUGUUAGACUCCAAAGCAAGUCAAGGAGAGUUAGGAUGGAUUUCCUACCCGUCACAUGGGUGGGAGGAGAUCAGUGGGGUGGACGAGCACUAUACUCCGAUCCGAACUUUCCAGGUGUGCAAUGUGAUGGAGUACAGCCAAAACAACUGGCUGCGCACCAACUGGAUCCCUCGCCAGUCGGCGCAGAAGAUCUACGUGGAGCUGAAGUUCACGCUGAGGGACUGUAAUUCCAUUCCUCUGGUGCUCGGUACCUGCAAAGAGACUUUCAACCUCCUCUAUCUGGAGGCGGAUGAUGAUCAGGGCAGUCACUUCAGAGAGCACCAGUUCUCCAAGAUUGACACCAUCGCCGCCGACGAGAGUUUCACGCAGAUGGACCUUGGCGACCGCAUUCUUAAGUUAAACACCGAGGUGCGGGAAGUGGGUCCGAUGAGCAAGAAGGGCUUCUAUUUGGCCUUCCAGGAUGUUGGCGCCUGCGUCGCUCUGGUUUCCGUAAGGGUGUACUUCAAGAAGUGCCCGUACACUGUGAGGAAUCUGGCCUCCUUCCCUGAUACGGUACCCAUGGACUCCCAGUCGCUGGUGGAGGUCAAAGGCUCCUGUGUCAAUCACUCCAAAGAGGAGGAGCCUCCACGAAUGUACUGCAGCACGGAGGGGGAGUGGCUUGUGCCUAUUGGGAAGUGUCUGUGCAACCCGGGAUACGAGGAACGGAGCAACACCUGCCAAAUGUGCAGAACUGGCUUCUACAAAUCAGCCCUUGGGAACACGGAAUGCUCCAAGUGUCCGCCGCACAGUUUCAGCCACCACGAGGGGUCGCUGCAUUGUGGCUGCGAGCGAAACUUCUUCAGGGCCGACGGCGACCCCUCCUCCAUGGCGUGCACACGUCCCCCGUCCCCUCCCCGGAAUGUCAUCUCAUCCAUCAACGAGACCUCAGUGAUACUUGACUGGAGCUGGCCGGAGGACACCGGCGGAAGGAGAGACAUCACCUUCAACGUCGUCUGCAAACGUUGCCGAGCCGUAGGCGCCAACGGAGGCGCCCAGCGCUGCGAGCCGUGCCGAAGCAACGUCCGCUUUUUUCCAAGAUCGUCGGGUCUUCAGAACACAACGGUGACCGUCGGGGAUCUUCUGGCUCACACCAACUAUACGUUUGAGAUCGAGGCGCAGAACGGCGUGUCGUCGUUUGCACCCAAGAUGAGGCAGUACGCGGCCGUCACCAUCACCACCAACCAAGCCGCUCCCUCUCAAGUGUCUCAAGUCAAAAAAGAGAAGACGUCACGCAACAGCGUUUCCCUGUCCUGGCAUGAACCUGAGCGACCCAACGGCAUCAUCCUGGACUAUGAGAUCAAGUACUACGAGAAGGAGGAGCAUGAAACCAGCUACACCAUCUUGCGUGCUCGAGGAUGUAACGUGACUCUGAACGGUCUGAAGCCCAACACGGCCUAUCUGCUGCAGAUCAGGGCGCGCACGGCCGCUGGUUAUGGAGCGAGCAGCCCCAGCUUCCAGUUUGAAACUAGUCCUUAUUCUGCCUUCUCCAUCUCCGGCGAGAACAGUCAGGUGGUUCUCAUCGCCAUCUCUUCUGCUGUUGCCAUCAUUCUAUUGACCGUGCUGCUCUACGUCCUCAUUGGCAGGUUUUGUUGCCGCAGCAGAUCUAAACAUCCUGAUGAGAAAAGGCUACACUUUGGCAACGGACACCUGCGUCUGCCGGGUAUCAGGACAUACGUGGACCCUCACACCUACGAGGACCCGAGUCAGGCGGUGCAUGAGUUUGCCAAAGAGCUGGAGGCCUCUUGCAUCGCCAUUGAUAAAGUGGUAGGAGCAGGAGAAUUUGGUGAGGUGUGCAGCGGUCGCCUGAAGCUGCCCAGUAAGAAGGAGAUAUGCGUCGCCAUAAAGACUCUAAAGGGAGGAUACACAGAUAAGCAGAGACGGGACUUUUUGGCGGAGGCGUCCAUCAUGGGACAGUUUGACCACCCCAACAUCAUCAGACUGGAGGGUGUGGUGACUCGCAGUAAACCUGUCAUGAUUGUAACAGAAUACAUGGAGAAUGGAUCGCUGGACAGCUUCUUGAGAAAGCAUGACGCGCAGUUCACUGGGAUCCAGCUGGUGGGAAUGCUGCGUGGCAUCGCCUCUGGCAUGAAGUAUCUGUCAGACAUGGGCUACGUUCACAGAGACCUGGCAGCACGAAACAUCCUGGUCAACAGCAAUCUGGUGUGCAAAGUGUCAGACUUCGGUCUCUCUCGAGUCCUGGAGGACGACCCCGAGGCUGCUUACACAACCAGGGGAGGUAAAAUCCCUAUACGGUGGACGGCACCAGAGGCGAUUGCCUACAGAAAGUUCACCUCCGCUAGUGACGCCUGGAGUUACGGCAUCGUACUCUGGGAAGUGAUGUCAUAUGGGGAGCGGCCAUACUGGGAGAUGUCCAAUCAGGACGUAAUAAAAGCAGUGGACGAGGGGUACCGCCUCCCACCUCCCAUGGACUGUCCGGCCACGCUCUAUCAGCUGAUGUUAGACUGCUGGCAGAAAGAGAGGAACAACAGGCCCAAGUUUGAGCAGAUAGUCAGCAUCCUGGAUAAACUCAUACGAAACCCGGGUAGCCUUAAAAUCACAGCCAACACCACAUCCAGACCGGCAAACUUGCUGCUGGACCGUAGCAGUUCCGAAGCUCCUUCCAUGGGAACAAUGGGUGACUGGAUGGAUGGAAUGAGGACCUUACCAUGCAAGGAGGCCUUCUCUGGGGUCAGCUACAGCUCCUGUGACACUCUGGCCAAAACUUCUACAGAGAGAGUGGUCCUGACAGAAGUCCAUGUCACACCAGCCACUUGUCCGGAAUGGGAGCCGUCCAUGGGGAUCACCACUCUUUAACGAUGACUUCCUCUCCUCUGGCCUCCUCGGACUCUGGAUGGGAUUUGAAAAUGGUUGGCGUGACAAUUGUAGGACCACAGAAGAAGGUUGUGAGCAGCCUCACAUCCCUGGAUUCUCACACCAAGAACAGCCCAGUACCUGUUUGAAACAAACAAAAAAAAAAAAAAUAAGAAUAACAAAAGCCAGCAGAUGAAAGCCACCGGAGGGAGGGCAACCUGGCAGUCUGAGGCCCCAGAUUGUUGGAGCCAUCGCUUGCUAAUACAGUGACUGCAUGUCCUUAUAAAAGACGGAAGAAGACAAGGGAUUUCUGUGAGCAGCCCAUGGAGGAAUGGAGUCCAAGUGCCGUCGACCAGUGAGCCAGUGACUUCUGAAAUCUCUAUUCUUCCCUGUUGAGAUGCCUUACAGACAAAUAUGAGGGUCAAAUGAGCACCGAGACGCUUCGAACAAACUGGUCAGAGAUUGAUCCUUGGCUUGUUGAGGACUAGAACCAGGGAUGCACUGCAGCACUUCAUGUGCCAUAAGAGACUAGCGGGGCCCAAGUCCGGUGUCGUUGGGCCGAGCAGCAGACGCCGGAGCAAGAUGGCGGACGAUUGAGAUUCAAUGUGAAAUCUGGAGGGUCGAGAGCGAGAGCUGACCAUAAUGUCGAUCCUUCAUGGACUCAUGAAGCCUUGAGGCAUGAGAAUCUUCUGUCACUACCUACAUUCACUGUCCCAACGGAUCUGGUAUGACCUUUAUGGAAAACACCUGUAGCUCUCAAACCUUUUUUUUUUUUAGUAGAUAUUUCACAUAAGAGCAAUAAUUAUUAAAAUGUGUUGAGCAGUUGCAUCGUGUGGAGUCUGUAACAUGAACCCCAUGUUAGGCUGUGGAACUACGGGAUCAUAACACACUUCACACACAAAGAGAUUUAUUUACAGUCACUAAGUUUAAUGUUUGCUCAUAUUGUAAAGUUUUAUUGCUGUUCCCCGACCCAUGUGUGAAAUCUCAGGAUGUAUGCAUUCUUUUUAUUCUCUCGCACACACACACACACACACACACACACACACUCAGUAAAUGGAACAGAACACUGAGAUUUAAGGUUAUGAAAGAUCAAGUUUUCUUUUGUUGCAGAGGGGACAUCAAUCGCACACUCACAUCAACGUUAUUUUUGUCUAAACUAAUUUGGAUUUUAUAACAUUAGCAGUGUAAAACCCUUUUUUUUAGGGACUAAAUGGACUGUCUUCCUGUGAUAAAUGAGUAUCUGAGAGUGAUGUGCCUCUUCUGAUUUAGUUUGGAUGUUCUUAAUUCAUCUAUUUUCAUUUUUAUUUAACAGUAGGAGGGAAUGAAAAAACUUGGAAUUUCUUCAUUAAUGCAAAAAAAGGCUGUUUGUGUUGGGAUAUUAGCAAAUAUAGCUCAUUGAUGUGCUUCUGAUUGUGCUCUGAAACUGGAACAUCAGAGAGUUAACAGUGUUGAGGGAAUGUGUCUUCCACUGCGCGGCUUUUUUUUCCCAAUGCUGAUCAUGUGUUUUCAAAAUCUCAUUUGCUAUUCCACAAACUGGUAGCACGCCAUAGGAAGAAUACAAGUGCCUUUAAAAAUACAGAUUUUAUCAAUUGGAUUUGUCGAAUUUGUGGGGAGAAAGAGGUUCCAUGCUUCUUGGUUACGUAGAGGGAAGCAGUUCUUGGCGGUGAACAAGUUAAAUUCAGUGGAGAAUUGAAGCACCAGCAGUUCAUUUGACUUUGCUGUUGUGACCAAAUACGUGCUCAGAAACAUUUCGAUUUUACGGUCUAUUUUUUUCCUACUGUCAUCCACAGCAAUAAACUUUUGGUCUUGCUGAACGAAUGGGAUGAAGUUGACGUGGCUUGGACCUAAACUAAAGAUGUCACUUUGUCGUAAUCUGGGUCGUGAAACUCUCCAGUGCUCCAGCUACUUGCGUAUGCAGAUGAUAUAGAGCUACUGAUGAAUGACCUGCGUCUUCCUGUCCCAGUGAAGAGAUAUUCCUGGCACUAAAAUGUUUCUUCUGGUUUUCAAACCGCAGCAUGUAACAGUGGAACUUGCCAUAUGAAGAUUUACUUGUUUCUUUUUUUUUCUAGCAGAUGCUUAAUACGUUUUAUACAGCGCAUAUGUAACAUAACUGACUGAAUAAUAACACAGAAAUUCCAAGUUUUUUAAACGUCAUCUACACUUUACAUGAACCGUGGCAUGUUGAACAGAAAAAAAAAGUUAAUUUUAUUUUAAUCAUGAUUACUUUUGAAUUCAUAUCUAAGUUUCUGGUACUGCAAUUCAAUACUUCUCUCUGAGGAAAUCAAAGUCCUGGAUUACAUUUCCGAAAUGCCCUGGGUACAUUAGUGGAGAGGAAAAGAUGAGUUCACGGCGGGAAUUUUCUCAUCGUGGGCCGAGAUAUUAAAUCGCCAUCUUGGUGCUGUGAGUUUACCAGCCGCUGGGUUCUCGCCACACAUGUUUCCCAAGCGUUUAGUACCCAAACAUUAAGCACUUUCUUCUCAUGGUCUUUCAUUGUUGAUCAAAUUGGGUUCUUUUGGUGCUUCUGAGAAACCUGCACCUCUUCCGCGACAACAUCAGUUUACUUAUGUUACCGUUGGAUGCUGCUGUUGCUGCUUUGAGAUCAAUAAAGCAUGUACAUACUGUAAACCAUCCAAAUAGCAACACUAUAUGUACAUGGCCAUCCAUCUUUGUACAAAUUUUGUAUGUAUAAAAGAAUAAAUGAAUAAAAAAAAAACAUUUUAAGUGAUUAAAAAACUGUAUUAUAGUUUAUUUUGAAUGGUAUUUGUUUUCUACAGUAAAGAAAGUAAUUGUUUAUUAUUUAUUUCUUAACAUUAAACAGCACAGUCUCUUUCUGUUUAGCAAAACAAAGUAAAUUAUGUUGUUUUUAACUGUGUUUUGGCUUAGUUUAUAAACCUUGGGAUUCUGAGACAGCAAUAUUGUUCAUUCUUUAUUGAGAUUCCUUUUUAUCUGUCCCCCGACUGACCUGUGUGUCUGUGUGAGAGUUCAUGUGUUCCAUUGUAGAUGGCCUUGUCAACUAAUGUACAAUGAUUUGUAGUGGAAACAUUUAUAUUUUUAUAAUAAAUAUUGGCAAAAUAUUUUCCAAACAAUGGAGGAUGAUAGCACUGUCCCUGUGUUUUUUUAUUUUGUCAUAUUUUAUUGUAUUUGUGUCACAACUUGCUGACACUGAUUUAUCUGAAUCAACUGUUCAUAGUUCAAUUACACUCUGAAAUUUUAGAUUUUUUUUUCUUACCUAAGUAAGUUAAGAAAUGCUUUAAACAGUUCGCC